AUGCCAGGAUCUCCCGGAAGAGUCCAUGGCCCAGACGGCACACCAGCUCCGAAGCGACGCAAGAAGACGCAGCUCGCAUGUGCGCCAUGCCGCGCCCGCAAGACCGGCUGCGAUGGCCAUCGUCCACAUUGCAGACCUUGUGUUUCGCGUGGCUGGCAGGACAAAUGCCAAUACCCGGAAAGCGUGACGGGCUCUCGCGCGCUUACUCUCGUUGGGAUCGAAAAGCGUUUAGUGAGCCUGGAAGCCAAGGAUUAUACGGCUCCCCCGGAUGGGAAUGCUGGACACAGCGCGACGACCCUCUCUCGGGAGGAUGAAGCCUCGACUCUGAGCCCACAGCGCUUCGUCACUGCACCCACUCAGCGUGACGAAAGUACCGUGGACGAAGGCGCUCAUUUCGGGACAUCUUCAAAUUCAGAGUUCAUCCGUGAUGUCCACAAUGUCGCCGCCAACACUAAUAACUCGACUGACUUGUUGAAUGAGAUCAACCGCAGGUCAGCUAGUCGGCGCCAAGCAGCUCCUUGCGAUCUCAAAGACUUGAUCCUCCCACCGCGUCGCCUAGCCGACGAGUUGUUGCAAACCUAUCUGGAUCUCAUCCAGCCGGUCACACCCCUGCUGCAUCGGCCGACCCUUUUGCAACAAUUCCACAACCUGUGGGAACCUGCAUCCUCGACGGUUCAGGAGGCCGGCUCCGAUGAGGCGGUCUUGUACGCCACCAUGAACAUGGUCUUUGCGUUGGGUUGCCAACGUAACGAGUCCUUUGAGCUGGAAAAGAGGGUCCACUUGGGGGAGGAAUUUUACGAGCGCUCAAGGAAGCUGAUAUCGCUAGAGCUUCUCGAUAGCUAUUCCCUCGCCGUCGUGCAGCUUCUUCUGCUCAGGGCCAUCUGGCUUUUCUACACCCCCCAUGCGGAGCGCUGCUGGUCUGUGGUCAGCGUUGCGGUCCGCGCUGCACAAGCGAUUGGCCUGGACAGCAGUAAGCUCAUCCACCAGAGGACGAGCCAGCUAACGAGGGAGAUGCGGCGCCGCGUCUGGUAUGUAUGCAUCAUGCUUGACCGGAUCGCGUCAAGUACGUUUGCGCGUCCAUUGCUGCUCCCUCGAGAUACGAAGGUGCCCCUAUUUGCGGAAAUCGACGAUGAGAAUCUCUCUUCGGACGUUGAUAGGGAAGGGCAGCAAGAAAACCACCCUUCGCGACUGACCUACAACCGGCUAUCUCUUGAAGCUUACAAGUUUGGCGACAAGGCUGCGGAGCUGCGUCACGGCUACACUGAACGUGGGGCGUCGAUGUACAAUACUGCAGAACUCGGCGCCCUCGCAGAUAUCUGCCAGUCAGUUGACGAUUUCGAGGCCAAUCUUCCGCCGUUCUUACAGAAUCGCACCGACAAGCCCAUCCAAUAUCUGCGCCUACAGCGGUGCUUUGAGCUACAGAAGCGUAACAUGUGUGCUCGCCUCAAAUAUUUGAAGCUUUGGAUACUCCGGCCAAUACUGCUCCAAGAGGUUGCUCGCGAGACCCAGCAACAGACUGCCUCAGUGGGAGCGGCUGAGACAAGUCGAGACCACCUCGCAAGGAGUCUGUGCCGGCUUUGUGUCCACACAGCUUAUGAGGUACUGGCGGAAUUGCAUGUGGCACUGUCGGGUUCCCUUCGGACUUCUCCAUGGCAUGCUCUUUUCUUCACAUUCGCGGCCGGAUCCAUACUCAUCGCCGCAACCCUGAUAGUUGAACUCGACGUGGAUCUGGAAGCUGGAUCGGGCAAAGCAUCUUGGGAACAAGUUUGCGAGCUUUUUAGAUUCCACACUCGGCAUACGUCUAGCGCAGAGCAUGGUAUCAGUCUACUUGACAAGUUUCGAGCUUCCAUUGCUCGCAGAACAGGACCACCAGAACAGCCGAUCUCGACAUCUGCUACAACAAUAGUUGAGGACGGUUUCUUCCAAGUGGACUGGCAACAGCCAUGGGACUUUGGAACUGAAGACCUUAUGUCUCUUGACACUAGCUGGUUCAUAUCCCAAGACUUUAUUUUCUAG